UUCUAGGAUGUUGUCUGCUUUCUGGUUAUGUUUCUGUUUCUGUCGUUCGUCGUCGUCGGUCUCACAUCUCACAAACACAAUUCCUUUCAGUCUCCCAGGGUUUAAUGCUCUACCUAACCAGUAGUUAUGUGAUGUGGGUGGUUAAUGAUUGUUGGUGUGCGGUUAACGUUAUCCGUACCGUAUCCGUUAUUUCAUUUCGCUCUUUUUAACAAAAAAAAAAAAAAAUAUGGAGAGACAUGAUGACGAUGAGUCUUCUUCAUAUAACGACGACGAGCGCGUUAUAACAAAGAAAACCGAUUGUUGUUAAGUUUUUGUUUAUAAUACUAAACUCAAUUUUACAAAAAAAAAAAAGCUAAUCAAUGAGAAGAGAUAAGGAACAAUUUAUUAUAGAAGAAAUAUAUUGAAAAUAUUGUAAUAAUUUUUUGUGUUCAUCAAUCGAGAGUCUCAUCCAUCUCUCCAAGUAACUAAAAUGUGUGUAUUUUUCUUAAUUUACAUCGAAACGACGAGUUGUGAGUGUUUGUCCCGUUACCGUUUUGUUUGAUGAUUCUCUCUGUGUGUUGAUAAUGAGGAGAUAAAGUGCCCUUUAUUACAAAAAAAGUCUCUGUGUUCCUCAAAAAUGUUAUAAAAAAAAAAAUAAAUAAAAUAUUCUAUAUUCAAACAGAAAAUUCCACAAAAAAAUCAAUAAUGACCCAGCAAAUAAUUCAAAUAUUAACAAUCACAAGAAAUACAACUUUGUCAAUUAAUAUGACGAGCUGUGACAUUAAGUUUUAAUUAUCAUUCAAACAACAACAAAAAAAAAACUCAAAACACGUGUAAAAGAAAACACAAACACACAAAAUGGCAGGAAUGCAUUUUAUAAUUCUAAAAGUGAAUGGAGUUGAUGUUAGCCAAAUGCCACAUGAAGAAGCAGUACAAAUGUUCCUAAAAGCGUCCGAACCAAUUCUAGUUGAGGUUCGACGUCGAUCCUAUAAUACUAAUGCUGAUGCUGAAAAUUCAAACAAUCACAGCCACUUGGAAAAAUCAUCGAAUGAACAAUCUCCACGUCAGCAGUUGCAACUGCAACAACAAAAAGAUACUAGUAGAAGACAAUCACCUCCUACAACAAUGUCCCUUAUGACAACACAAACCGAACAUCAUCAUCAUCACCACCAUCAACAAGCUGAGCCGAUGACAAUACCGUCUGCAGUUGUCGAUUCGUUAAAAUUGCAUAGUUUGGUUAUUUCAUCAUCCAGUAAAAGUUCUAAUAAUCGUGAUAAUAUUUCAAACCAUAAGCACAAAGGUGGUGGUGGUGGAGAAAAUAAUAUUAGUAUAGGUGCUGAUGAUGGUGGUGGAUCCUCCCUGCCACCACAAAUGGGUGCAAUUGGCACAAUUGCUCUAAAUGAAUCGGAUAAAAGCUACCACCCACAGGGCCAAUAUAGUACGAACGAAACUGCAACUAUCAAAUCAAGAAGUGGUUCUAUUUCAUCUCAAACAUCGAAUGCCAAAAGUACACCAUCAACACCGCUUAAAGAAACAGUGGUACCAAGCAGUGGAGGAGAGGAGAAAAAUAGCAGAUGUAAUCUUAUAUCGGUUGGCAUUCAGACUGACAACUUUACGACUGAUUUUAUAUUCAAUGGCUCUACGAUAAUUGAUCCAGAACAAAUUAUAGAAACUGAUCAUAAUUUGUUUAGCGAGUGUUUAGCACCAGAGAUUGAUAUUGAGGAAAUAACACUUAGAAAAUCUGAAGGAAAUGAGCGUCUUGGUUUAACAGUAUGUUACAGUUCUGGUGGUGGAAAUGGUUCUGGAUCAGAUGACACAGAUACAUGCACAGAAGUGUAUAUUAGUGACAUAGUUCCCGAUAGUAUUGCAGGUCGUGAUGGUCGUUUACGACAAGGUGAUCAAAUACUCCAAGUAAAUGGCAAGGAUGUUUCAAACAAAGAAGAAACUGAAACAUUAAUUGCGGAAAAUAACAAUGCUGUGACGCUCUUAGUCAGUCGUUAUUUAUAUGGAGAUGAAGACGAGUAUAACGAACAAGGAGACUACUACGAGGAAGAUGAACCCAACAUGGCAUAUGCUAAUAGUUUCAUUGAAAACUAUUUAGUGACUGAAAAUUUAUUAAAAUCUACUGCUCCUCCCAAAAGCAAUCCAUCCUCACCGGAAAAGAAACAACACCAGCAGCUUAUUGAAGAACUUGUGCCAUCCAAUGAGCAAAUACAGCAAUCAGUGCGUUCUAUAAUGCCUCCCCCCGAUGUUGUACUCCCAACUGCUGCUGCGUCUGAAAAUAUGACUGCGUCAACAUUUACCUCAUCUUCAUCGCGAGAUCCAUUAAAUCAUCAAAAUAUUCGUGCCCAUUUAGAACAAGUGAAUCAUGAAAUUGCGAUAUUAGACUCACGUGUUGAAAAUAUGAUGAUGUCACAAAAGAAAAACUCUGAACCAACUUGUAAUUUGGUGCAGCAAAAAUUGCCUCAGCAAUCACAAUCCCAAUCAAAACAACAACAGCAACAACAACACCAACUCCACCAAUCGCAGCCAACCAAAGAAACAAGUGUGAUGCCAAUUAUGGAAUAUGACACUGAGCAUAUAUACGAAACUAUACCUGAAGAUUCCGAAUCCGAACCGUUUUAUUGUUCGCCAUAUGAAAGUUCAGAGCAUCAAAAUCGAAUUGAACAAUGGUUGGACAUGCAAGAUGGAUCGGAAUUAAAUGAUAGUCGAAUGCGAUCAUUGCAACACCAUAAACAGCUUAUAACUCAUCAACAACACCAACAACAGCAACAACAACAACAAACCCAACAUCAUGACAAUUUGUCUAUUUGGACAAAAGCAAAAAAUGGAACAUUGCGAAGCACAAAUUCAAGCGCUGGGGAUGAUCAUGAAAAUAGUUCGAGCGCCUAUAAUACCGGUGGUUCAUGCAACAGCAAUACCAUGACACCCCUAACUCUUGAACUUAAUACUGCCAACUACAGAGAUCGUGAUUUGAAUCAUCAUUCUCAAUCGACUCUGAAUCUUUGCUCUACAAACAAACAACACACUAUAAGUCCGAUAAAUGAGACGACAUCAUCCACUCAAAUGCAAAAUCGAUUUGCAUCACAAGAACUAUCAUCAUCAGUUAUGAAUCAUCGACAUUCAAAGGAGAAGCUUUUGAGUCCGUCACAUGUCGCAGCGAAGGGGGCGGCGUCGAUGACGUCACAACCAUUAUUGCUUAAUAAGCCGAAGAUAUUCCCAGUUUCCCAAAAAAAUACUGCAGAUUCAGCGAAAUCAACACAAAAUAAUCAAAAUGCUCCUCCAAUAUCGGCAGCUUCAAACACUAUGUACACAAAUGUUGCAAAUCUACAACAAACAAUGUUAUUGCAACAGCAACUAUUUCGUCAGGCCUUAAUUCACCAACGGGUACCAUCCCAUUCGGUGCCUUGUCCACAAUUUACGGCACCAAAUUUAAGUCAAUAUCAUUUUGUCAGCAGCCAAGAGGUCAGUACUGUGAAAUUGAACACACAUCCGAGCGAAGAACACAUGGUGUGGAAAGUCAAACGUCGUCAAGAUGGCACCCGUUACAUUGUCCGACGUCCAGUUCGAAAUCGAUUUCUUCGUAAUCGAGCACUACGUAUAAAUGCUGAACGCAAUGAUCAAACAACAGAAGACGAUACAAUUUCAGAAAUCAAAACUGGUCGUUAUUGGACAAAAGAAGAACGAAAAAAGCACAUCGAAAAAGCUCGUGAACGCCGACAGCGGCAACAAAUAAUAAUUACUAAUAAAAAUAAUGAAAUUUCAAUGCAACCAUUGAUGAUCAAUAGCAGUAUGAACCCUGCUGAAAUAACAACAAAAAAUUUGGUCAAUUGUGGUGUAGCCGAUUCAACUAUUCAGCAACAGCAGCAGCAAAAGGUAACAAUGCCAACUGCUGCUGCUGCUGCUGCUGCUACUGCUGCUGCUACAACACCCGGAGGAAAAGUCCAUCGUCAAAGUACUCCAUCAUCAAACACAACAACAAAGAAACUAGUUAAAAAAAUUAUCACAAACAGUCCUACCGUAGAUGCCAACAAUAGUCCGCUGAUACCAUUAAGUUCGUCAGUUACUGGAACACUACCAACAUGUUCGUCAACAACAGCAGCAACAACAACGACGACUCCAAGUAGUGGUAAUAGAAAGAAUUAACAAAAAAAAAAUAAAUCCUCUUCCUUCCUUGCACAAUGUGAACAGUUUCAAGGCUCUAAUAAUGAUGGAAAUGUAGCAGCGGAUAACAUUACUCCAUUUCAUCACUCCAGAGUAAUUCAUCCACCUUUGUAAGCUCUUUUAAUGAUCUUUUUCAUCAUCAUCAUCAUGAUCAUCCAUCAUCAGUGUCAGUGGAAUCGUUUAGCUUUAAUUAAUUUUCAAGUUCCAAACAUUUAUUAGUUCCAUCUUAAGCCUAAUAUUAUUAUAUAAAUAUAUUGUAAUAUUUUUAAGUUUAAUUAUUAAUUAUUUUAUUGUUGUUGAAUCUGGUUGGGACAGACUGAAAAAUGAUGGUAUUACAAAAGACUCAUUUAUAUGAUUUUUGUUUUAAAUUUAAUUAAUAGAAGUACUAAGCUUUUUUUCUGCAUUCCUACGUUUUAUAUUCAGUUUUAUGUCAGUGAAUGACUGCAUAUACAAGUACUUUCUCUGACUAUAGUGAAGUUCUCCACAGAUAUUAUCUUUUAAAACAUUUUUAAAAAAUACUCUGAUUCCUUGUUAAUUGUGUUAAGAUCUCCUUCAAUAUCAAUUGAUUUAAAAUUUACUUAUUUCUACUAAACGUUGAUUGGUACAAAAUUUUGGUGACACAAAGGGGUCCUAAACUUAUACAAUGUCUAAGUUUAAAAAUAUAAAUGAAAAAAACAUGAAAAAACUUAAUUUAAGAAGUCUGCUAGACUAGAUUGUCCUCGGGGUCUUCAGUCCCGGAUGUUCAGUUGUAGGGUUGAUUGAGUUGAGUUGGUUAGGUUUGCGUUUAGCCACUGUUGUAGUUACCUGCUAUCUCGUCCGCUGAGAUUAUUUAUGCUCAUCCAGUAUAUCCAAAGCACUAGGUUCGAGAUGUAGUUAUUGGGUAGUCGUUCUUCUCAUCAGUUGAUUGGGGCGAUUGGCUAUAUUUCCUACAAGUAUAUUAUAUUUUCCUCUCGAACAUUUGAUGCUCCUUUAUACUUCAUGGCUGUGUUGAAGAUGGUAUAUCAUACCGAAAAGCUGAAGAUAAUGACUGGUCGCAGAAACUGCUUGUAGAUCAAGAGUUUUUUUUUUUGGUUGGGUUAAUCCUGUUGUUCUUUUCAUCAGGGAAUGAAGGCGAUGGAAGUUAAAAUUGGCUUUUCUGAGGACCACAGGAGGAUCUAAAGUUUACAGUCGAUCGACUGCUUCGUCCUCUUGAUCGUCUUAGGCACAAAAGUUCCGACUUGGAUGAGUUGAUUCGGAUACCGCAUUUACUAUCGUAGAUAUCGUUUCCG